UAUGGAUUGCCCAGUAACUGAAAAAGAAUUUUUAACGCAACUACAAACAUUGAACCAUAAAAUAAAUUUUGUAAAAGAGCAGAGUUUUAAGGAAGCAAAGUCAUGCUUAGAUGUGAAAGAUAUAUUAGAAAAACUAAAAGUGAAAGCAUUAGCAAAGAUCCGUACAUAUCUUUUGGAGCAGAUUUAUAAAUUUAGGAAACCAAUGACAAAUUAUCAAGUGCCACAGAAUAAUAUGUUGAAAUAUAAAUUUUUUUUUGAGUUUAUUUUAGCAAAUGAAAGAAAUGUGACACAAGAAAUUUGUGCAGAAUAUAUUAGCACAAUGAGUAAAAUAUAUUAUUCAUAUUUUAAGUCAUAUUCUUCAAGACUAAUGAAGUUGCAGUUUGAGGAAGGAGCUACUAAAGAUGAUUUGAUGGGGGUUGAAGACACUGCAGGGAGAGGUAUUUUUCAUAAGACUACAUUAAAACAUAGAGGCACAGUAUUUUCUAUAGGUAGCAGAGGAGAUGUAUUAAAUUCUCAAUUAGAAGCACCCAUUAUAAUACCUCAUACUGCAUCUAAAACAAGGUAUCAUUAUGAAGCUUUGUUUAGAAGUGAACAAUAUGCUCUUGUAGAUAAUGCUUGUAGAGAAUAUUUAUUUUUAACUGAAUUUUUUAAAAUGCGUGGUGCGCAAGCAAUGGAUAUUUUUAAUGAGGUAAUGGGAAAAACAUUAAAUCUAAUGGUGAAAAAUUUACAAUCUUUUGUGGAAGAUUGUUACGAUACCAUUGCUUUAUUCUUGUGUUUACAUUUAGUAAUGCGAUAUCGAUUAACUUGUCAUAAAAGAGCAGUACCGGCUUUAGAUAGAUAUUGGGACAACAUGACAUCGGUAAUUUGGCCUAGAUUUGAAUAUGUUUUUCAAUUGAAUAUUCAAAGUAUAAAACAUUGUGAUCCAUUUAAGCUCACUCAAGAAACAGGACCACAUUAUAUUACACGAAGAUAUGCUGAAUUUAGUGCUGCAAUGGUUAGUGUAGUUGAAGGAUUUCCUUGUGAAGGAGCCACACAAUUAUUAGCAGAAUUAAGAGAAGCUGUACAAUGUUUCCUGUUAAGAAUGGCAGCUACAUUUAGUAGUAGAAUUCAACAACUGGUUUUCCUUAUCAAUAAUUAUGAUUUGGUUCUUGGUGUAUUAAUGGAAAGAACACGAGAUAAUUCAAAAGAAGCGGAAAGUUUUCGCGACCAAUUAAAUGCACGUUCUUCAGAAUAUGUUGAGGAAAUUUUAAGUCCACAUUUUGGAGGUAUAAUACAGUUUGUUAAAGAAUCUGAAGCCAUGAUUGAGAAAGGUCAAGCUGAUGAGUCGAAAAGACAAGAGGGAAAAGCAUUAGUCCUUGUACAAUCUUUUACAAAUAAUUGGAAACGAGCAUUAGAAGAAAUUAAUCAUGAAGUAUUAAAAUCUUUUCCUAGCUUAGUACUUGGUACAGCACUAGUACAACGCGCAAUGACACAGUUAGUGCAAUAUUAUCAUAGAUUUCACAAAAUUUUACCACCAAAUGCUCGUACUCAAUUAACAAACUUUCAUCAUAUAAUGGUAGAAAUGAAAAAAUAUAAAGCGAAUUAUUAG